ACGAUCAUCACAGGAGGAAGAAAGUAGGUCAGUGUAUUCCUCCUGCCUAUUGUCGUUCCAAUCCGCCUCAGUACACAUGUGCUGCCUUUCCACACGUACUGUGCUGGUCGGUGCAUCUGUUAGAAAAAGCCCAGCUCUGACAUAAGGAGGCCAGUCCACUUCCUGCACCACCAUCCAGAUCUGGGUCACUGCUGGAAAGAAACUGAGUGAGAUGUUUUGAGGAUAACUGGCCUUAUGAAUAUUUGUGAUGAUCUAAUGGCAGACCAAAGAAUGGACAUUUCCUCCACGAUGAAUGAGUUCAUGUCUCCCGGCUCCACUGAUCUAAUCAGCUCGAUCGGCACACCCGGAAUGGACUACACACGCAAGAGAAAAAGCAGCACCACAGACUACCAAAUUGAUGGAUUUUCUUUUGAGGAUAGCAUGGACACAGACAAUGAUAGACUUGGUGAUCAUCAAUGCCGGAUUAAAAAUGCCAGAGAGGCCCACAGUCAGAUUGAGAAGAGACGCAGGGACAAGAUGAACAGCUUCAUAGACGAGCUGGCCGCACUAGUGCCUACAUGCAAUGCUAUGUCCCGUAAACUGGACAAACUAACAGUCCUGCGCAUGGCUGUCCAGCACAUGAAGACCUUAAGAGGUGCCGCUAACCCCUACACUGAAGCUAACUACAAACCAGCCUUCCUGUCAGACGACGAACUGAAGCACUUAAUACUGAGGGCAUCUGAUGGUUUUCUGUUUGUUGUUGGCUGCGAUCGAGGGAAGAUACUGUUUGUUUCCGAGUCAGUCUACAAAAUCCUAAACUACAGCCAAAAUGACCUGAUUGGUCAGAGCCUGUUUGAUUACCUGCAUCCUAAAGACAUUGCCAAAGUCAAGGAGCAGCUGUCCUCGUCGGACACGGCGCCACGGGAGCGCCUCAUCGAUUCGAAAACUGGCCUUCCAGUAAAGACAGACAUCACCCCCGGCCCAUCCAGACUUUGCUCUGGAGCCAGGCGAUCUUUCUUCUGCAGAAUGAAGUGCAAUCGGCCCCUCAUCAAAAUGGAGGACAAGGACUUUCCUUCCACCUGCUCCAAGAAGAAAGCUGACCGUAAGAGCUUCUGCACAAUACACAGUACUGGCUACCUGAAGAGCUGGCCACCCACCAAGAUGGGUCUAGAUGAUGACAAUGAACCAGACAACGAGGGCUGCAACCUCAGUUGCCUGGUGGCCAUUGGACAGCUGCAUCCCCACAUUGUUCCUCAGCCAAUGAACAAUGAGAUCCGUGUCAAACCCACUGAGUAUGUCUCUCGUCAUGCCAUCGACGGGAAGUUUGUCUUUGUUGAUCAGAGGGCCACUGCCAUUUUGGCUUAUCUACCCCAAGAGUUGCUGGGGACAUCGUUUUAUGAGUACUUUCAUCAAGAUGACAUAGGGCACCUUGCGGAAUGUCAUAGACAAGUGCUCCAGAUGAGGGAGAAGAUCAAUACAAACUGCUACAAGUUCAAAAUAAAAGAUGGCUCCUUUAUCACGCUGAGGAGUCGCUGGUUCAGUUUUAUGAACCCUUGGACCAAAGAGGUGGAGUACAUUGUCUCUACCAACACUGUUGUCUGUGUGCCUGAAGGAUCUGAUGGCAUCUAUCCUCAGCUCGCCGCUUCCCCCCAGAGCAUGGAUAGUGUACUCACAGACGGAACCGGCAAGCGGGCCCUUCAGACCGUGCCUGGCAUCCCCGGCGGCACAAGGGCAGGGGCGGGAAAGAUCGGCCGGAUAAUCGCAGAAGAGGUGAUGGAGAUCCAGAGAAUAAGAGGCUCCUCGCCCUCCAGCUGUGGCUCCAGUCCUCAUAACUUCACCAGCACUCCACCCCCAGACAUGUCGUCCCCAGGGGGAAAGAAGAUACAGAACAGUGGAACCCCAGAACAUCCCUCAGCAGGGCUGAUACCGGGACCAGACUCCAUAGGCUAUCCGUACUCCAAUAACUCCAAUCUAAGCGAUAACUCUCACAUUGGCAUUGACAUCAUGGAUGAGCCAGGCUCCAGCAGCCCGAGUAAUGACGAGGCAGCCAUGGCAGUGAUCAUGAGCCUUCUGGAGGCAGACGCAGGGUUGGGAGGCCCAGUGGACUUCAGUGACUUGCCCUGGCCACUGUGAGGCUUAGGCAAGUCCUCCUAAAUGGGCUGAACAUGGUAGAGUAAGGGCUGGGUGUUACAGUAUUCACAUUGUGUCAGUUUGUGACCAGUACCAGAGAGCCAUAUCAUCAGGGCUAAUGUGACUGUAGCCUCACAGUAAGGCUGAAUGCAGGCGGGCCCUGAAAAGGAAGGAAUACUAGGCCUGGGAUCGGCCAUGAUGUACAGUCCACCUCAGUGAGUUGGGGAAAAGUGAACUGCCUCAUUACCCCUGUAGUAUUAUUGUACCAGUUAUCCGGGUUUUUCUAUGUCCAUUCAUCCUCACAGGCAUUGAACCCAGCUCUUUUAUAAUGGCAUUGUUUUUUUUGUGUGUGUUUUUACACUACAAAAAAACAUGUCAAUAUUUCUAAAGAAAAUUGUAUCAUACUUGUUUAUUCUAAUUUUCUCUAAAUAUGUAUAUGUAAAAGUGUAUUGUAUCAGUAGUGAAUUAUUUAAAAAAACUUCCUCUUGCUUAUUUCCAUUUUCAAAAAUACAAAACAGGGCGGCCUGUAUCAAGUUACCAUCCAGUGGCAUACAGUAUCACUGCUAAAUCAGCUGACGGGAUUUUACAUUGUUGCUACAAUGCAGAAAUCCAAGGUACUUUGCUACAAUAUGUUGUGUGGGAAUAGUGAGUAAUCCGUUUGCUUGCCAACAAUAGAUGAAAUGUGACAAAUCACAGACUAGUUCCUCUGCCAGAGUUGCUAGGAGACUGGUUGGUAUUGUCCACACUACUUGUGAUGUUUGCAUAUUAUGGGGGCACACCAUUUCUCAUCACCCACUCACCUUCCUGGACUACCUCACUGCCAGAGGCAUCCACCCACACACGGGAUGUGCUUUACUACUGACCCCCGGGAAAUAGUUGUUCCCUAGCAACAGGCAAACUAUCCAAAUGACCCAUAAAAGGAAAACUUUCCUCCUGAUCUGAAAUCAGGUCAACUCAAACCACAAUUGCAGGCUAGGUAUUGCACAUGUAUUAGGCUACUUUUUGAACUUUCAGUUUGAAAGUGUAGGGGCUCUAUGUAGAGGGAUAAGGUGAAAGUAACCUCUUUCAACUCAAGUGCUAUUAAUGGAUAAUAAGCACAAUGAUAGGAAUAAAAACACCAUACAAUGUAGUGAUUUUAAUGUCUUUAUGUCAUGCUGAAUAUCCAGGGAGCACAGAAUCUCAUUGCCAAUCCUAUGAUGUCAACCAACCCAACCAUUACAUGAUUCAAAGUAUAUCUGAGGGGAAUUCAACAGUAAUUUCCACUGAAUGGUGAUGAAAUCAGAGGAUUUUCUCCAGGGCCAGGCAUCACGAUCUGCACCUGUCCCCCAAACAAAUAAAACUCAGGGGGAGAACACCACACAGUGCACAGCCCGAUAACCAUUGUAAAUAAUAAUAGCUACAAAAUAAUUGGGUUUGCUAAAUUUAUUUCAAACAAUUAACAGAAAAAUAAAUUCCUUUGGUCAAGUAUUUUUUUAAAGAAAAAGAGAAAUAUGCCCUUUUGCCAGUCUUGUCCCGUAUAGGGUUUUUACAAUCGACCAGAUCCUUGAGGCUCUAAGGCUGUGGAGGAGGUGCCAAGGCAAUAUGGUUAUGAUCCCCCUCUAUAUUGAUCCCCCUCUCGCUCCAUGCUGCAGUACGCUGGGAAGGGAGGUGUCAGGGAGGGGGCAGUCCUCAGACUGCGGGAGAGGGGGCGUCUGGGUCACCAGCAUCGUUGUUGUAGCUGUACUGGGGUCCACUGGGGGACUGGUUAGGGAGGAUGUCCAGCUCGUCCACCUGAGGGCCAGGGUGCAUGUUGACCAGCUGGUCCUGGGGGAUAUCUGCAGCAGCUGCAGCCAGGUUAGUGAUGGACUUGCUUUUGACACACUGGAAGUCAACAUGGCGGCUCUUGCCCUCCUCCUUCUCCCAGGACAUGCGGAUGAAGGGCCUCUGGACGUAGUUGUAGAUGACCUCAGGACGGCCACCAGGACGCUUCUUCACCUUCUCUUUAUACGUGGGGUAACCUACCAAUACAUGGUGCAGACAACAGAGCCAGUGAGUUUGCAAUGCUGAAUCAAAAUCUUACAUUUUUGCUCUGAACCCCAGCAAAUACAUGAUAAAACCAUAAUCUUACCUUCAAUGCCUAAUCUUAUUUUCUUCAGUCCUCUCUCCUUUAAAACUGAUUUGGCAACAUCUCGAUUUUCUAUAUACUUGAAGAAUCGGUAUAGUUUUGUGCUGUAUAUUACUGCAGAGAGAAAAUAAAAUGUUGUGAAACAGCAACUCAUUAUCAACAACAA